ACCCUAGUCAACUCGAAGAGAGAAUACCCAUAAUAAGGCAUCUCAGUCUCCACAUCACACCAGUAACAGCCAAGAUGCACAUCCUCUCUCCACAGAGUGGUUUACUCACUCUAUCCUACGCAAUCCUAACUCUCAGCAUCCCCCUCCCCAACCCCACCCUCCUCAGCUCGAAAAACAACAUCUUCCUCACCACCUGCACCACCCGCUCCAUCCUCACAGACGAAACCUCUUCCUCUGCCAUCCUCUACGCCGGCACACCCUCCACCACCUCUCCCGUCGCCAUCGGCACCAUCGCCUCCGCCCGCGCUAUCCAAUGGGCGGGCUUCACGCGCCGCGUUACGCUCGACGGCGCCGGCGUGUUCGAGAGCAGAAUCGAGCGAGGCGCGGAUGCGCUUCCCAAGAGCGAACUUGCGGGGUAUGCGACGUUGGAGACUAGCGCCGUAGCAGGGGGAAAAGAGGAGUAUGCGUGCUUUAGGGAUGGGGAAGCGACAUUUAGGUUUGUGGGUGGGUUGUUGGGUGAGGAGACGACGGUGUGUAAGACGGAGUUUUGGUGUGCGAGUUUGCCUGUUUAGAGGGAUUGAGUUGUAGAAGAUGAAUGGAUAGGAGUGUUUGGGGUGAAUUUUU